GAGUUUUAUAGUACUUUUCAAAAUUCUCGUUUCUUUUAAACACGUUAACAAGAAGGUCCUCAGCGUUCAGUCGUACUCUCUAGGAAUUGUGUCCCAAUCAAUAAAAGCCUUUGGUUUCCGAUUCUACUACUGUUAGAACAGAAAUAAAAAACAAAAGUAGUGAAUUAAAAAUCCUAUUCUUUGAGCUUACCCCUCUUCUUCCACCUUUUUUACGACCCAUUAUACCUAUCCUACCAAAAAAAUUGAAUGAUAAUCGCUGCGAACGAUUCGUUAGUGGUUUGCAGACGACAGAGUGAAUUGGCUCAAACAUUUACAAAUCAAGGAACGACAGAACGAAAAACGGGAAACGUGUACUCUUUUGUUUUAAAAAAGCGUUGUUUUGUCAUUGGUGAAAAGAACAAACUUUCGUUUAACAAAAAGGAAAACAUAAUACCAUUUUAAGUUUGUGAGCUUUAAACAAGCAGAAUAAAUCUAAGACAACAGGACACGGAAAAGGUUCUGUAAAUGUUUUAAAGAUUUACGGAGGAUAUACGUCUAGCGUCAGCUGUUUAGCGCUUGCAUUCAGGAGUCAUUAAUUUGGAGUACAAAUUCAUUAAAUUUUUGACUAUCUGAGAAUUGUGUCUAAUAAGAAGUUGGUAAUGCACAUUAUAUGUUCUCUCGAACAUUGCACUGGUAAACAACUUUUUGGUAAUGGUAUAUAAUCACGGAAAGGUUUCUCAGUAUCAUUAAAAGCUUCUAUAACGCUCAAUUGACUUUGUCGAACGAUCAUAUAGCUGAAGUCAAUACUAAGAGGAAUUGAACUUUAAUUGUAUUUGUUGUUUUUAACUUCAAAUUAUCCAUCUUUUCGACUGAAUUCUUGCUUCUGGGACAUUUAGUCUCGUAUCUUUAAAUCAUCAACAUUGUUUCUCUAUAUUUCAACUCAACAUUGAGAAUGAACUCAUUUCAAACUACUGGAUUUCACGGGCAAUCAGUACAGUUUUCUCCCUUUUAUGACUCAAAACUCCUUGUAGGGGCAACUCAAAAAUACGGAUUCGCAGGGACAGGAAGGGUUUUUGUGUUGCAACUGAAUGCAGUACCCGUAUGUUUGGAACGGAAAAUUGAUGUCCCUGCACCACUUUUUGAUGCAAAGUGGUCAGAAAAAAAUCAGGACGUGGUGCAUAUUGCACUGGGGAACGGAAGUAUUUUGACAUACCAUACUGAUAAUCCUCAAUCAGUACCUGUGCGUGCAUGGAACGAACAUACCGCUGAAGUUGUGAACUUGUCUACAAGCACGGUGGAUAAAGAGCUAUUAGCAUCGGCGUCUUGGGAUGGAAGUGUAAAAAUUUGGUCUCCGUCUUUUCCAUCAAGCCUACAAACUUUACAGGGACAUAAGGGAAGAGUUCAUAAAGUAGCAUUUCAUUAUCGGUCUGUCAACACACUUGCGUCUGCUGGUGCCGAUGGUAGUUUGAAAGUCUGGGAUAUCCGGCUUCGGGUUCCUACUUGUCAAAUACCGGUGAACGGAGAAGCAACAGCGACUGACUGGAAUAAGUACAAACCAGACAUCAUAUAUGUUGCCUCAACAAAUAAUACCAUUCAAGGUUUUGAUGUCCGGCAACCAGGAAAGUCACUGAUUACGCUUUCUGGUCAUCGGCUAGCAGUUAGCUCUCUAAAAACUGCUCCGCAUUUUUCUGACCAGCUUGCAACUGCGAGUUUCGAUAUGACUGCAUGUGUUUGGAAUCUUACAUCUGGCUUCCAACAAUCCGUUAUGAACAAGCACACAGAAUUUGUUCGAGAUGUCGACUGGAGCUUAUGGGGAGAUGGCACGUUUCUUGCAAGUACUGGAUGGGAUGAAAUGGUUUAUUUGUGGAGAACCAGUAUUUUAGGAAAUCAUAAUACUCUUCAUUAAAUUAGACAUUACACAUAUUGUGCUUUAACAAUAACAACAAACACUACAUAAAAAUUGCCUAGAUACCAUUAAUAAUCUUUAGGAUUUCGUUCAAAGAGCGUUUUUUACAGGG